AUGACUGACUGUGAGUUUGCUUAUAUUUACCUGCUGGCCCAGGACUAUCUGAAGUACGUCCUGCAGAUACCACAACCUGGAACGGGCCCAAGCAAAACGUCUAGAGUGCUACAAAAUGUUGCUUUCUCCGUUCAGAAAGAAGUGGAAAAGAAUUUGAAGCCAUGCUUGGACAAUUUUGAUGUUGUUUCCAUAGAUACUGCCAGAAUAAUAUUCCACCAAGUGAUGGAGAAAGAAUUUGAAGAUGGCAUCAUUAACUGGGGACGGAUUGUGACCAUAUUUGCUUUUGGAGGUGUUCUCAUCAAGAAACUUCUAAGAGAACGAAUUAACCCAGAUGUGGAUACUUACAAGGAGAUUUCUUAUUUUGUUGCUGAGUUCAUAACAAAUAACACAGCAGACUGGAUAAAGCAGAAUGGAGGCUGGGAAAAUGGCUUUGUAAAGAAGUUUGAACCUAAAUCUGGCUGGCUGAAUUUUCUGGAAGUUAUAGGAAAGGUCUGUGAAAUACUACUACUCCUGAAGCAAUACUACUGA